AUGGUAAAAUCACAAAGAUCUUCAAAUACGUUAUUUCAUCAAUGGCCGAAUAACCAUAACAACAAUCGUUCUGAAGCAGAUCCUAAAACUCAUUUACCCUCAACACCAAAUCACCACCUUCAUUCCCGACAAAAAGAUAAUGAAUCGAUAUCAAUACGGAUGAAUGAUGGUAGUGACAGUACGAGAAAAUCAGGAUUUGGGGACAAAAGUCAAGUGAAAGUGAACCGUGCCAACGCAAAUGUAAAUGUAAACGGGAUUGAUAAUGGACCUAGUCCUAUCACUGGUUUUAACCCUUAUUAUACACCCGGAUCACCAUCGCAAAUCGACCCUUUCGGUUCUCAGGUCACCUCACCCACACCAGUUCAAUUACCUCAACAUCCGACCUCGAUUUCGAACACCCAUUCCAAGUCCAAUUCGAACGCGAACACCAAUACCAACACGAAUAGAUCAAGACCACCCUCGACAGUGUUAUCUUCAGGUGGUUCACCAUUACCUGGAAGUAACAGUAAUUCAGUCACACCAAAGAUAAUCUUGGCUUCACCAUCUACUUCUACUAUUCAUUAUCUGUUUCCAAGUAGCGAUACGAAGAACGGUAUACAUCUAAGUACCACUACCACUACAGCUACUACCACCGCUACUGGUGAUGGUGAAGGUCACAGAAAAAACGAUAGUGAAGUAAAAGUGAAGAGAACUCAAUCACUCUCAAGGGGAAAUUCCAUAAAAACCAAAAAUCUCAUAAUCAGUAAUAGUAAACAUGAACAAUAUCGUGAUAUACCUGGAUUGAAGAACAAAAGAUCCCUACCAAAGCAAUCCCAAUCCCAAUCCCAAUCUCUAUCUCAAAAUCCAAACAAUCCUAACUUCAACGAGACUAAAUCAAAUCAAAUAACGUUUAGUUCAGUCAAGAAAUCUGACAUCUCUCAACCGAUUCCAUCAAGUUUAGACGAAGCAAGAGAUUAUUCUAAGGGUUAUUACGAUAUCAAACCCGGUGUAUCUGGAGCUGAUGAGAUGGGGACUUUAAGAAGACAACCUGGUAUGGUGGAUCUGAGUGGAAAGAGCAAAGUAGGUCCAAGCGAUAAGACGAGUACAGUCCAAUCCGGACCAUUGAAGAGAAGGGAAAGUAUAAUCUUGAGGGAAAUCGAAAAUAGACGUGAGAGAAGAGGCUGGGAAUUUGGAAGUAAACCAACAUAUGCGAACGAACCUGUUGAACCAUCCUCGCCAAGGAGUAAGACUAUUUUGACGACAAAUACCAAAUCUCAAAAUAUCAGAGGUCCAAUACAGAGACCUUAUAUACCACCAAUAACGAUCAUACAACAAAGACGACGAAGUCAGUCGAUGACUUCACAAAUGUCUUCACCUCGUCCAGCACCUUCACCACCUAUUGAUCCUGCUAAAUCACCUUUACUUCCCGCACCUGAUUUAGGUGAUCCACUCUCUUUAUCAGUGGUCAUACCUAGUCCAUCCUAUUCCCAUCUAGACUAUUCCCCCGCUGGAUCCGGAUGUGUCUCCACGACAAAUACUAGUUCAUUCAGACAGAGUAAAGGAUGGGCAAGAAGAACAAGUGCAAUCUUCCCUUUAUCCGUAGCUAUGUCUAGAGGAGAUACUCGAAAAGGUCUAGGUGGAUAUGACGAACCUAAGAAUAAAGUUCAAGAAGAUAUGGAAAAACGAAAAGCGUUAGAGGGUAAUGGCACUGAAAGCAAAUUCGCUUCGCUGAAAAGAUCAAUUUCAUUGAGGAAGAAGACUUAUCUCACCUAUGAAGAACAUAAUAGAAAGAUUAGACCUAGAUCGCAAUCGCUCUCAGCUAGAUCAAUAAAAGGAAGGGAAGAAGCAUCUCCGUUACCUUCUCCUUCAAUAAUUCCUUCAAUGAUGAAAGCUGGUCUACCCAAUCUGAGUAGCAAUCUCUAUCUUGAUGAAAGAUAUAGCAAUGAUUUGUCAAUUGAUUUAGGAAGUCGGUACUAUCAAGAUUAUGACAAUACACCUAGUACAAUUGAUUUGAUCUCACCAAAAUCUCAAGAUUCAUCUCUACUCCCUGCUUCUACACCUACAUCAGCGACUUCAUCAUCAUCAGAAUAUCCUUCAUUUAGCAAUGCGGAGAAAAGCAGUGCUAGUAAUGGUGUGAUAAAGAUCAUUGGAAGACCUCUACAUCCUGCCUUUAACGGUAACGGUAAUGAAAGUGAAAGUGAUUUAUCAAUUUUAGCACCUUCAACAGUUGGUUUAGGAUUUUCACCGAUUGGUACACCAGGUUCUUUACCUGAUUCAUUACUGGAAGAAGCUAUAGAUUUAACUGGAACCGGAAGAAGAAUGUCCGAUAGUCCAAUGAUAGAAUCUGUGAUUACUCCUCCUACACCACGAAAUCAAGGUAUCUUACCUAAUCCAGGUGUAUUACAUAUGAACGAACAUUAUCCUGAUACAAGUAAGAAUUUCAAUAAUGGGAUGGGGACUCAAAAGAUACCUAGAAGAUCUGUAUUAUUGGCUCAGAAUAGAUUUUAUAUUCCCCCAUCUCAUCAAAAGUCAUCCCCAUCGCCACAACCACAGACACAAAUUCAGAAGAAACCAUCUUUGAGAUCAAGCAGAUCUUUAGGGCCAGGUACUAUGGAAGAUGCUUACGGGUCUACUCAUAUUCGAUGUGAGAAUAGAACCCCGACUGCUACCUCUACUUCUUUUGGCAGAGGUCUGUUGAAAUCAGCUUCUAUUCGAUCAAGCAAUAGGAGAUUCUCGAAAGUAUCAGUGCACGAAAACGAUGAGAAAUCUCCCACGAAUCAAAUUCAUUAUGGUACGGAGAGAAUACCUGCAAGCUCUUCAAUGAGAUUUCAUCGGAGACCUUUGACUACAUUCUCAAUUUGUUCACCUUCAGAUGCGAUUGAUCCUUUACCUCCUCACACUGCUUCGCCUCAUCCAUCUUCGGAGCACAAUCACAGGAACGAGUCGAGAACGACAAGAUCAAACAGAUCAUCCCCAUUCCUUUCUGCAAGUAAUUCAUUGAGAGUCAUAUUUGGUAAAGAGGGUUUUAUGGCUAGAUCGUUGUCACAUGCAUUCGAAAAAGAUCCCCAGAACCAACAGAUCCAGAGUCAAAAUUACGACCAGAACCAGACUCGGCAACGGUUUACAAGUGCCUCUAUUGGUGAAAAGCAAGGUCUGAAAUCGAAGAUAUCCAGUCCAUUAGAAGCAUCGAUGUCGAAUAAAAACAGGGAAAGAAGUUUAUCACCACCAUGCCAAUUGGAUGCUGCGGAAAAGAGAGGUAGGAAUGCAGAUAAGAAAUGGAGAGAAUCUGUCUUACAAGAAGCCUUGUCAACCUCAAUCUCGUCUUCAAGUCUGAAUAAACUUGCUGAUUCACCUAUGAUGACACACCUGAAUGAUGCGGAACACACACAAACAGAAACACAAACACAGCCACGACCAGAACCACAACAGAGGAUGGUUUCAUCAGGAUCAAAAUCAAGAUUAGCGAUUCCGGAUAAAUUAUUGGAAGCUCCGGAUAUCAGAGAAUCGACAUGUUCAGAAAGUUUCAAGGGAAUAGGCGAAUCAAUGUUAAACAUGAAUAUGAACGGUAGUUUGGAGAGUGGAGUGAAUCUCAGAGCAGUAAUGGAGAACUGGGAAUUACCUCUACCAAGAAAUUUAGGUAUGAUAGGAAAAGAAGAAAGUCUAGUUUCAGCUCCUAGCAUGUACUCCAACAACGCUUCGACAUUAUUCGAGAAACCGACAAGGAGAUUACAAGGCAAAGGGUUCCCAUCGUCAUUCUCAACAGCAGAUUUAAGUAAAAGAUCUAGCUCGUCGAAUAACAAUGAUAAAUCACCAAUCUCAUUAAAGUACAGAAACCCAUCAAUAUCAAAAGGUGAAUCCAGCAAAUCACACGACAAAUUGAAAACGAGAAUGCCCCGUCCACCUGUACCGAUCUCAAGUCCAUCGACCUAUGAUGAUCGUUUCCAGACGUUCGAUUUACAUUCAAAUACGCAUACCGAUCAGACAGCGUUGAUGAAGUCACCUCAUAUACAUCUGGCAGAAGGGAGAUCAGUCAGCCCAGAAACGCCUAAAGGAAGAAUACCAUCUUCCAGAUCUAGUAUAUUUGGUCUAAAAUCCAAGGUACCAAAGGCUGAAAACUCUUCUUCGGCAAUGCAAGGCGUCUCAAAAUCAUCGUUUGGUUUAUCAUUGCGGUCUUCGAUACGUAGCAGAUCGACCUCAAGAUCGAGAUUACCCGUAUCGAGCGCUGGGAAUGGAGUUUCUUCCUCUGACAUACCAGUAGUCGCUGAGCCUGUACUGAACGCGCUUCUAGCACGGGAAACUCCGGUGGCUGGUAUUGGUGGAGAUAAGGAUAAAGUCAGAAAAGUCCUAGAAUGGAGAGACGAAGUGGGUGAAAAUGGAGAAUUAGCAAAAUUGGAGGAUAGAAUGAGAGGGUUUGUCAGUGAAGAGAGGGAAAGGGUAAGGGUUAUAGGUAGGAAAAGUAUAGAAGGUGAUUAUAGCAUAAACUUUGGAUCAGCUUAG